CCUAACCCCUACCAUUUCCUAAGACAGAAGCUGUCUCUGAAAGCUCAAGGGAAAGCUUCUUUUGCGAUCAAUUACAGAACAAAAGCUACUAACAAAAUAAGCUUCUCUCUUAACCAGUUACCAGCUAAGAGGAAGCUAAUGGCGCAAAAGAAGCAAAUAUCAGGUGCAGCAAUGGGAGACUUCAGGGAGUUACAAGAGCUAGCAAAGCAUCACAUAGAUUCAUUCGAUUAUAUGGUGGAGAGAGGAUUGGAAGUUAUGUUGGAUAAUAUCAAGCCUGUCGAAAUUCAUGAUUCCUUCACCAACACCAGUCUCAAAUUGUACUUGAGUAAUCCUAAAGUGUACGAGCCUGUAAGGGAAGCUUUGAGAACGAAGAUUAAACGUUUACUUCCUUUCGAAUGUCGACAGGCGAAGGUUUCUUAUUGUGGAAAGUUCGAGGCAGAUGUUUGCUUCGAGUAUCGUGGCAGACCGGUAAUAAGAGAAAAGUAUAAUUUCGGUCAGCUUCCUAUCAUGUUAAAGUCAAGGCUCUGUCACUUGUAUGGUGCUGAUUCUCAAAAAUUGGUUUCCAUGAAGGAAGAGUCAUCCGAGAUGGGCGGGUACUUCAUUUUGAACGGGCUUGAGAGAGUUGUUCGAUGUCUAAUAAUGCCAAAGCGGAACUAUCCAAUGAGUAUGGUGCGGGGUUCUUUUCGUGAUCGGCGGGAAGGAUACACUGACAAAGCUGUCGUCAUAAGGUGUGUACGAGAAUACCAAUCCUCAUUAACAGACCAAUCUUCAGUAACAGUUAAAUUGUAUUACCUCCGUAGUGGAAGUGCAAGACUUGGAUUUUGGAUACAAGGAAGGGAGUACUUGCUUCCUGUUGGCAUUGUUCUGAAGGCACUUGCUGAGACUACUGACUGGGAAAUUUAUGAGAAGUUGACAUGUUGCUUUGAUGAGAAAUAUGAUAAGACAAAGGGAGCUGUUGGCUCUCAGUUUGUGGGUGAAAGGGCAAAAAUUAUUCUUGAUGAAGUUCGAGGCUUAUCUCUUUUCACUCAGACUGAAUGUCUGCGGCAUAUUGGGGAGCACUUCCAACCUGUCAUGGAUGGGCUGGAAAAAGAAAGUUUCUCUAAUGUUGCCCAUGCAGUUCUAAAAGAUUAUGUAUUUGUCCAUCUUACUAAUUAUGAUGACAAGUUCAAUUUGCUCAUCUUCAUGUUGCAGAAACUGUUCUCUCUUGUAGACAAGACUUCUGUGGAAGACAACCCAGACUCCCUGCAAAAUCAGGAGAUCUUACUUCCUGGACACCUCAUUACCAUUUAUCUCAAGGAGAAACUAGAAGAGUGGCUUCGUAAAGCGAAAAAAGUUAUUCAAGAAGAGAUUGAAAAAAACAAGAAGCUCAAUUUUUUGUCAGUUUCAGAUGUCAAGAAGGUUAUGGAUAAGAAUCAUUCGUCAUCAGUCAGUUUAGCUGUGGAGAAUUUGCUGAAAACUGGUAGACUGAUAACACAAACGGGCCUAGAUUUACAGCAGAGGGCUGGUUACACAGUUCAAGCAGAGAGGCUCAAUUUUCUACGUUUUCUUUCUUUUUUCCGUGCUGUGCAUAGAGGGGCUUCCUUUGCUGGAUUGCGUACAACAAGCGUGCGGAAGUUGCUACCUGAAUCUUGGGGUUUUCUUUGCCCUGUCCAUACACCUGAUGGGGAACCAUGUGGGUUGCUCAACCAUAUGACUCGUUCUUGUCGAGUUACUUCAUACUUUGAUUCGCAUGGAGCUGUUAAAGAUUUUUUUGACAUGAGGAAGUCUAUCCUCGGCGUUUUGACUGGUCUCGGAAUGAUUUCUUCGUUGCCAAAGCUUGUUCAAGCUGGGCCUCCUCAAGUUCUUUCUGUUCUUUUAGAUGGUCGUGUCGUUGGCUCCAUACCUUCUAGUGAAGUUGAGAAAGUUGUUGCUCAUUUACGAAGAUUAAAAGUGUCAGCUGCUUCAAUGAUUCCUGAUGAUCUGGAAGUCGGAUAUAUUCCUUUGAGCAUGGGUGGUGCAUAUCCUGGUUUAUACCUAUUCACAUCUCCUUCCAGAUUUAUUCGUCCAGUGAGAAAUAUUUCUAUUCCUGCUGAUGACAGUCGAAACAUUGAACUUAUUGGACCAUUUGAACAGGUGUACAUGGAAAUAAGAUGUCCAGAUGGUGGCAAUGGUGGAAGAAGUGAUGCAUUUCCUGCUACUCAUGAAGAAAUUCAUCCUACUGAUAUGCUGAGUGUGGUGGCUAACCUAACUCCAUGGUCGGACCACAAUCAAAGUCCCCGAAAUAUGUACCAGUGUCAGAUGGCAAAACAAACAAUGGCUUUCUCUUUACAAUCUCUUCGCUUCCGAGCAGAUCAAAAGCUAUACCAUCUUCAGACUCCUCAAACUCCCAUUGUUCGCACAAGUGCAUAUACAAAGUACUGUAUAGAUGAGUAUCCAACAGGGACUAACGCAAUAGUUGCAGUGCUUGCUUAUACAGGAUAUGAUAUGGAGGAUGCCAUGAUUCUAAACAAGUCAUCUGUUGAACGUGGAAUGUUCCAUGGGCAAAUCUACCAGACAGAGACUAUUGACUUAUCUGAAGAAGGCAGUAAGUCUGCCCGAGCCCAAAAAAUGUUUAGGAGAAGUAACAUUGAUAGGUCAUGGCACUCAGUGAUCGAUUCAGAUGGACUUCCAUAUAUUGGCCAGAUGAUACAUCCAAAUGAACCGUAUUGUAGCAUUUAUGAUGAAGUAACAAAUACAACGAAAACCAAUAAUCGGAAAGGUUCAGAUCCUGUUUUUGUUGACUAUGUUGCUGUUGAUACAAAAAACAAGAACAACAUUCAGAAGGUGAACAUACGCUUUCGACAUCCCAGAAACCCUAUCAUUGGUGAUAAAUUUAGUAGCAGACACGGGCAGAAGGGUGUUUGCUCUCAAUUAUGGCCAGACAUCGACAUGCCAUUUUCUGGAGCUACUGGAAUGCGUCCUGAUCUGAUUAUCAAUCCCCAUGCAUUUCCUUCAAGAAUGACAAUUGCUAUGCUUUUGGAAUCUCUUGCUGCUAAGGGGGGUAGUUUAAAUGGAAAAUUUGUGGAUGCUACACCUUUUGCCAAUUCAGUUAAAAAAGCUGAAGGGGGAGACAACAAGUCAGAUUCUGAAUCUCUUGUUGAUGACCUUGGUGAAAUGCUUAGAUCUCACGGGUUUAACUACCAUGGUGUAGAGGUGCUUUACAGUGGGGUUUAUGGAACAGAACUCGCAUGUGAAAUAUUUAUUGGGCCUGUUUAUUACCAGCGCCUUCGUCACAUGGUAUCAGACAAAUUUCAGGUGCGAUCAACGGGAGUUGUUGACCAAGUCACUAGACAACCUAUUAAAGGAAGAAAGCGUGGUGGAGGUAUCCGUUUCGGAGAAAUGGAACGAGAUGCCAUGCUUGCUCACGGGGCAGCAUAUUUGUUGCACGAUAGGCUCCACACAUGUUCUGAUUAUCACAUUGCCGACGUGUGUUCUAUAUGUGGAAGCAUACUCACAUCAUCAUUCGUCCAGACACAAAAGCGGGUGGUUAGGGAUAUUGGCGGCUUACCCCCAGUGAGGGCUCCCAAAAAAGUGGCUUGCCAUGCAUGCCAAACAAGUAAAGGUAUGGAAACUGUUGCGAUGCCUUACGUCUUCCGAUAUUUGGCUGCCGAAUUAGCAGCUAUGAACAUAAAAAUGACUGUCCAGCUAAGUGGAGCUUGAGCAUAAACCUACUGUCAUUUCUCACCAUUACUGAGUGUUGGCACAAUUUUGCUUUGAGUUUUGGUGCAAGAGAAGAGACACGGGGAAGGAAUUUAAAUUAGUUUACUGUACAUGUAUUUAUCUUGUUGUAAGCAGUUUGUAACGUUGAAACUCUUAACGUAAUAGUCAACAACUCCCUGAAAUUCUAAAUAUUAAUUUUACGAAAUUAAUUAUGCUUAAA